GAAAACAUCAUAUGGUCUACAACAUGUGGUAUAGAAAAUGUACAAUGUCAAUCAACUGUCAUAGAACUAUUACUACGAAAUUUCCGGAUUGUAUUAUGAGAGCGAGUCCCACCAUUGCCUACGAGACCGUUUCAACAGUGUUUUUCAAUUCACCUUGGGUCCUUGUGUGUGGGGACUGAACUAAAUGCGUGUCCCUGGUAGUCUACAGAGGGCUAGGCUACGGCGCAGACUCAAGACAACACAUUCCUUCGACGCUUCGCUUUCUCAGUUGACGCGACUGCGACGGUUUCUGACGUGAAGCAAGGAUACAUUAGCAGCAUUGGCCUAGAUAAUAUUUUCUUCGCAUGACAGCGACCCGACACGGACCAACUAUUUGCAACGCUGCAAAGCGCGCAUUUGCUGUCACAUUCUGACGGAUCGUAACGUCAGGACGGUGCAUUUCAAACCCCCGGGGUUGGUGUGCGUCCCAAAAAAACAAGAGGACGACAUGUACAGGCCUAAUCUGUAAACGUCUCGGGCAUAUCCAUUACGGAGAUUAAUUUGACACUGGAUUAAGGUUUCGGUUCUGGCAGUUUGCCGCGCUCCGUUCUAAAGCACCGAAAGAAGGAAGGGCUUUCUGUCUUUACUACUAUGUUAGGUUACCGUCGCUUCCUGGUUUCUUGACGGAUAAAUAAACAACUAUUUACAACCAAUUUCGGUAUAAAAACGGGUGUUAAAACUUUGAGAUGAUGUGUAACAUGUAUAGCAUGACCGCGAAUGGGAGCGCGUCGUGAGGUCCACCGUUCGAUUGUUUUUAAUCUGCACAUCUGUCUGUCCUUCUCCCGAGUGAUUUACUGACUGAGGAGCCUGAAUAUUACAACAACAACACAUCUAUCCUGAUUUGGACAUCGGACGCCGAUGACUCUAUAGGCUAUUCCACCGGGAUCUAACCGACGCAGCCAACCGUCACCACGCAUGGGUCCGCCGGGGGCUCGGAUCCCCCGGGGUUGGAGGACCCAGGCCCGCUGCCAGGAGGAUGGCGACCCAGAGAGGGAGAAGCGAUGGGUGGAACUGUUCAACGAACUGGACUUGAACAGUGAUGGAGUCAUCGAUAUCCACGAGCUCCGGGUGGGAUUGGCGAAACGUGGGCUCUCCCGCCGCGCGGUGGACCGGCAGAUUGUCAAGGAGGGGGACAGCAACAAUGAUGGAGAGUUGGACUUCCAGGAGUUCAGGCAGUACCUCCGCUCCCACGAGGAAGAGCUGCGACUCAUGUUCCUCAGCCUGGACCGCAACAACGACGGCGAGAUAGAUGUAUCAGAGAUUCAGCAGUCCCUUCAAACUCUGGGAAUAGCUGUGAGUCUGAAGGAGGCUGCCACGAUCAUGAAGAGUAUUGACAGGGAUGGUAACAUGACCAUCGACUGGGAUGAGUGGCGAGAUCACUUCCUGUUCAACCCCAUACACAGUCUGGAAGACAUCUCUCGCUACUGGAAGCACUCUCAUAUGCUGGACAUAGGAGACAACCUGACCUGUCCUGAUGAGUUCUCCGAGCAGGAGAAGAAGUCAGGGUUCGUCUGGAGACAGCUGAUGGCUGGAGCUAUGGCAGGAUCAGUCUCCCGGACCGGCACCGCCCCACUGGACCGCCUUAAAGUCUUCCUGCAGGUGCAUGGCUCGACCCCGGGGAACCCUGCAGGGGCCCUUGGGGUGGGGAACAUGAUCAGUGGGCUGAGGGCCAUGGUGAAGGAGGGGGGGUUCAGUUCCCUGUGGAGGGGCAACGGGGUCAACGUCAUGAAGAUCGCCCCUGAGACCGCCAUCAAGUUCUGGGCCUACGAACAGAUCAAGAGAUGGAUGCGUGGCAGUAAGGAGAGGGGACCUCUGAGGGUUCAUGAGAGGUUUGUAGCUGGGUCGUUAGCAGGAGCUACUGCUCAGACAGCCAUCUACCCUAUGGAGGUCCUGAAGACUCGUCUGACCCUGGGGAAGACAGGCCAGUACACCAGUGUGUUAGACUGUGCCAGACAGAUCCUCCACAGGGAGGGCAUCAUGGCCUUCUAUAAAGGAUAUGUACCCAACAUCAUAGGCAUCAUACCCUACGCUGGCAUCGACCUCGCCGUCUACGAGACUAUGAAGAAUGCGUGGCUAGCGAGGCACACAGAUUCAGCAGACCCAGGUGUUGUGGUGUUAGUGGGGUGUGGAACCAUGUCCAGUACCUGUGGUCAACUAGCCAGUUACCCUCUGGCUCUGGUCAGAACACGCAUGCAGGCACAGGGUGGAGAAUAGAGAAAUCUCUGGGAUAAGAUGACACCAUCUCCAUGUUGUGUGGUUGGUUGGUCCUGAAGAAGGAAGGGAUACGCCACUGGAACCUUGGAACCACCAGGACUUCUAGAACUUUUCAUAUUGGAACCACCAGGACUUCUAGAACUUUUCAUAUUGGAACCACCAGCACUCCUAGAACUUUUCAUAUUGGAACCACCAGGAAUUCUAGAACUUUUCAUAACGGAACCACCAGGACUUCUAGAACUUUCAUAUCGGAACCAGGGUGACUUGAGAACUUUUCACAAUGAAAAAAGGACCAGUAGCAAUCUACCUGCCAUGACUCAUCGUAGGUGGAAGAAGAGGAAGAGGAGAAGACGAGGUGUUGAAGUCUUGCUUUCGAUGAUCUGAAAGGAUUGGGAUGUGCUUGUGGACACAGGAUUUAAAUAAACCUCUGCCUACGAGAGUAUUUUAAAUUAUAAUGCUGUGAGGACAUUUUAGACAGCCGGAUGAGAAACAAACACAUUAAACCUUGUACUGUAUUUAGUGUUGCAAAACUUCUGGAACUUUCCCCAAAUUCCCUGAUUUUCCAGAAAUCCUGGUAAGACUUUUUCUGGAAUCAGACAGAAAUAAGCACAAAAUCCUCAAUCCUCCAACCUGGGAAUUUGGGGGAAAAUUACAGGAUUUUGCAACCCGAUAUUGAAACUUGAUUUUUUUCUGAAUCCCAGUUACUGUGGUACGUUUCAACAAAGAGUUUUAUCAAAGUACGUAAAUAGUUAGAGAUGCAUGGUUUAAUCAAGUGCUAAAGCCAAUAGAACACUGACACGCGCUGAUGUCAUCACGAUGAUGAUACGACUCAGAGGUGCUCCCCCUUUUACGUGUGUGUCAGUGUGUGUGUGUCAGUGUGUGUGUGUACAGCGAGUAGGUGUGAUUUUUGUCUCACAAAAAAUAUGAUAAAACUCCAGAAUGCCAAAUCAACCAAACUGCCAAGACUGUGUUAUUCUUCCCUCUUCUGAAUAACUUCCAUAUUACCAUAGUGUAUUUAUUUAGUUGGUUUAUGUGUAUGAGGUUAUAUCAUAACAAGGACUUUACUAUGAGUCCAAUGACUACACUAUGAGUCCAAUGACUACACUAUGAGUCCAAUGACUACACUAUGAGUCCAAUGACUUCAAUAUGAGUCCAAUGACUGCAAUAUGAGUCCAAUGACUGCAAUAUGAGUCCAAUGACUUCACUAUGAGUCCAAUGACUACACUGAGUCCAAUGACUACACUAUGAGUCCAAUGACUGCAAUAUGAGUCCAAUGACUGCAAUAUGAGUCCAAUGACUUCACUAUGAGUCCAAUGACUUCACUAUGAGUCCAAUGACUACAAUAUGAGUCCAAUGACUGCAAUAUGAGUCCAAUGACUUCACUAUGAGUCCAAUGACUUCACUAUGAGUCCAAUGACUUCACUAUGAGUCCAAUGACUUCAAUAUGAGUCCAAUGACUUCAAUAUGAGUCCAAUGACUUCAAUAUGAGUCCAAUGACUUCACUGUGAGUCCAAUGACUACACUAUGAGUCCAAUGACUGCAAUAUGAGUCCAAUGACUUCACUAUGAGUCCAAUGACUUCACUAUGAGUCCAAUGACUUCGAUAUGAGUCCAAUGACUUCACUAUGAGUCCAAUGCCUUCAAUGUGAGUCCAAUGACUUCACUAUGAGUCCAAUGACUUCGAUAUGAGUCCAAUGACUUCACUAUGAGUCCAAUGCCUUCAAUGUGAGUCCAUUGACUUCAAUAUGAGUCCAAUGACUUCGAUAUGAGUCCAAUGACUUCGAUAUGAGUGAUUUCUGAGUUGAAGCCUAUGGAUGCGGCCCAAAUAGCACCCUAUUCGGUGCACUAAAAAGUAGUGCACUAUUUUUAUUACCUUUAUUUAACUAUUGUGAAUGG